GUCACUAUCACAGUGGCCUUUUUUUAAAGCCGCAAUAUUGACUUCCUGCUCGUAUUGCUGUGUCAGUGUGAUAAAUGGAACAGACACACAAUGGUUGCUUGAGGUGGUGUCAAUUUUUGGUUGAAUUUAUGAUAACUUUGGUCUUAAAUAGCUAUCACACCAGUAAAAAACAAGCAAGCAUAAUACUUGUUAAUUAUCUAAAUUAAAGGGGUAUGCUGACAAAGCAAAAUAACAUUACUGCCCAUAGUUAAACUGAGAAAAUGGACUACUCCCCGAACAUCCAGACAGUCAGCCCAAGGUCGUCGACGCUCGGUCAUGUGGAGAGAAAGGCUACUACUGUCUCUAUAUAACAAACGUUUGAAUUGCUCUCGUUUAAAGCCGCCCCGUCCUGUAACACGUUGUUUGUGAAUUGACUAUUCCACCACGCCCUUUGUAUGACUAAUGGUACAUUUAUGACGGUUGACACGGCAAAUGGUUGCAACACAAUAAAUAAAUUACAUGUUUCCUUUAAGAUUACUUUAAACAGACAACUGUGAUGACUAAUAAAUGUAUGGCGGAAAUUGGUUUCUGGGGCCACAGACCUGGAGACCGAAUCAUAAUAUUCGAAUGAUGGCUACUGCACUUUGUCCAUGUGUUCAAGCACCAUACCUUGUUGUUCUCCCUGGUGAUUGGCUAUUGGGGAAACGAUACGUCUUGCCGUGAACGGAUACAGAUAAAUCGUGGAUUAGGAAUAAAUGAUAGAACAUGUAGUUUGUGUUAAUCAUAACACUAUGAAAUUCAAUGUUGAAACAACUUUUGGAAUCAACAUGCUGAGUUGUUUAAAUUCAACUGAGGAACGACUUUCACAAUUUGUUUAAUUUUCAUGCUUCGUUUCUUUCAUUAUAAGAAAUAGCAGGUCAGUCCAUUCCAAGACUCCAUUUCUCGUUUUCUUUGUCAUUGCAGUGUAUGGGAGGGAAUGACGUGUGGGCGGUCAUAAAUGGUAUGCUUUUGGCCCUGAUUUGUUACCUACUACUCAGCGCCAUCUUGUUGCAACUCCUCUACGUAUGUAUGUGGAAGAGUUUCUACGUGGGGUCUCCGAUUACCCUUUUCUUCAGUUUUGCUGAUUGAAAGACUGGAUCAUUACACUGAAAAUUAAAGUGCAUACCCUGUAACAUUUGUUCAACAUUUUUACUUGUAACGUUUUGUUUCCAAUACGGAGAAGAAAUGAGCAUCGAAACGCUUUUAGAAGCAGCAAAGUUUUUGGAAUUGCAAGCCCAGCAACAACAGAAAGCACGUGAGGAGAAUGAGCUGCGGGAGAAGCUUCGCCUCGAACAGCUAUCUGACCACAAACGCAAUGAUGUCACUACCUACUCCUCCCCCAUCCAGAUGAACUAUGUGACCCGAGCAGAAGACUCCUGCCCCUACUCAGAGCGCUGCCCCGCCUUUGUCCCGCCCCCACUGCCGCCCCCCUCCAUGACUGUCAUCCCUAUCCCCAUGAUGACCUCCAACCACACAGGUCUGCCCCCCAACGUCCCAACCCCCUCUUCCACCACCCUGUCCCCCCAGGCUGGGGCAGCACCCCACCUGGCCUCCCCCAGGAGGGACCCUCACUCUCCAGGGCAGGGCCACCAGGGACAGGGUGUGCUUUUGGCUCUCUCUCCUCAGGUGAAGACAGACCACUCCCGCCACUUGUCUUUGGCUCAAUCUGGCAACCACAAGCAGAAUCAUCACCUUCCACAGAUUGUUUCCCCUCAAUCUGGAACCCAUAAACUGCUGCAGAAGCAACAACAGCAGUCUCCCCAGCUGGUGCAAUCCUACCCUGGCUCAAUCGUCUCAGCCUCCCAGCUGCAUUCCUUACUCCCCCAGCCAGGGCCCCCCCAGACUCCGUGCGGAGGCCAGACCAGCCCUGUUGGGGGCCGAGGCAGCCCCCCUGACCUGGACGGGAAGAAGAGGCCUGGAGGGGCAGGGACAAGAGAAGUACAUAACAAGCUUGAGAAAAACAGACGUGCUCACCUGAAAGAGUGCUUUGACACCCUGAAGAAAAACAUCCCCAAUGCAGACGAGAAGAAGACCUCUAACCUCAGUGUCCUGAGGAGCGCCCUCCGAUAUAUACAGACGUUGAAGCGCAAGGAAAAGGAGUAUGAGCAUGAGAUGGAGAGACUGGCGCGGGAGAAGAUCGCUACUCAGCAGCGAUUGGCUGAGCUGAAGAACGAGCUGAGCCAAUGGAUGAAUGUCAUGGAGAUUGACCGUGUUCUCAGACAGACGUUUCAACCAGAAGACGACCAGGCUUCUACCUCUACUGCCUCAGAGGGUGAAGACGACAUGGAUGAAGAGAAUGUUCCGGCAGAACCGACAGCCUUACCCACCAUGCCUCAACAAGCCAUACAGCCUGAGUUGUGCAAGACUGUGACCUCCACUCCCAUAACCCCCACUACCUCCAUCCUCACCCAACACAUCUCCAGCCAACACAAGGCCCAAACAUACCCCCAGCCCCAGCUUCACCCCCACCUGCUGUCAGCCCUGCCUGUCUCAGCUACGUUCUCCACCCCAACAUCCAGCAUCACCACCACCCCUAUCCAGGCCCUCCUAUCAGCCCACACACACAUCGUAACCUCCCCGAGCACCCUCUUCCCUGCCCACACACACAUCGUAACCUCCCCUAGCACCCUCUUCCCGGCCCACACGCACAUCGUAACCUCCCCUGGAAACCUCUUCCCGGCUCACACACACAUGGUAAAGGCCCCCAGCCUGCAGCCCACGGUCAUCGCCCACGGCUCGGCUUCCCACGCCUCCGUCAUCCAGGCCGUCAACCACGUCAUCCAGGCCCAGACUUCAUCUGGAGGAGCCAAGCACCUCACCCACCUAGCCCCCUCCCCCUCAGCCUCCAUGCAGCUGGCCCCAGGUCACCACCAGCCCAUCGGACACAUCACCGUCCACCCUGUUACCCACCGGGGCCAGCAUCAUUUACCCACCAUCUACCCCCAACCUGUGGCUGUCACCCAGCCAGCCAUGGUGGGCCACAUCACCCAUACCAUCACACAUGCCCAGGUCAAUGGUACUGUCCCCAACCAGAGCACAACCACCAUCAUGGGAAAGCAGAUGGGAGUUGGUGCCCAGAUGGUGGCACAUCACCCACAGCUGCUGAACCCUGUAACUAUGGUGACCAUGCCCUCAUUCCCCGUUAGCACUUUGAAGCUAGCCUGAUUUCUGAACCAGGCCAGAGCCAUCCUGAAGCUAGCCUGAGAACCAAGUACAUGAACAGGCCACACCCACCCUGAGGUGGCCAGAGUCAGACCUGGAGACCAUCUGCCCCAGAGCAGACCAGCCGAAGAGGAGCCAGCCCAGACUCCGAGCCCAAGGCAGGCCCAGAGCGAGGCAGGCACCAGGACUACUGUACUGACAAACAAAUGGAAAAGUCUUCAUACUGAACGCAGUCCCUAUAUUCACUGAUGAAUCACAAGCUGCAUUAUUAACUAACCUGAGGCAGUACAGCUGUCUAUAAGGAGUAACUCAGAUCAUUCCAAAAAUAAACACCUUUAUAAUGGUUGAGGUAAAAGAGCCAAUGUUGUUGUUGGGCUGAGUACGAUGUCCAGGAGGAUCAUCUUGAUGUUAUUGUACAGGAUGCAGUGGAGAGGAUCACAUAGAUACAUUUUCUCUGGCCCUCAGUGUUCAUAUCUGCAGAAGCAAAACAGCAACUAAGAGUGAGAAAAGGGAGUCCUCGAAUGUUGAAUGCAGUCAGACCUGCAUAUAUUCACUCCAGAUCGGUUUUAUAUUUCUGCUACAUGUAUUCCACAGCCAAGAGUAUUUAAAAACCACACUACAAAUGACUGAUGGUGCCACUAUCAAGCACCAAGGUAUUAGAUUUAACUGAAGUCUACCACUAAUGCCAGGGCAUACAUCUACCAAUCAUCUGAGUGCUGAUCUACGAUCUGUCCAUAUAAUCUUAUUCAUUAUGAUUUAAAAGGCUAAACGGAUUCUAGACAAGCACUCUGAGGCGCUUUGUGGAUACGGACCCUGAUGUGACCAAUCAGAAGGCAACGCGUCCAAUUUCAGACGGGCUGAAUCGGGGUCAGAGAGACAGGCAGUGUGUGAUUGGUGGGGGUUGUUGGCGUGUCAGCAUGGGAUCAGUUUGUGUGUGUGCUCUAACAACCUAAGCACCAUAAAGGACCACAUUGAGAAUAUGAUUGCAGGGACCUCCCCCUCUACCCAGGCACAUGGCUGUGGAGUCAAACCUAAAACAUGGCCUGGCCCAGCCAUGAUGUGCUCCCCUCCUACUGCAGCACUGUCAUAUGGCUCCACAGGCUCCCCCUGCUGGUAAAAAAAAAAACAGCAUGUAAAACAGACAAUGGUCAAUGAGCAGACUAUUUUGUAAUGACAUCUAUUCAGUGGAUGUGGCCCAAGCAGGAAUCUAACCCAAAAUGUCAGCAUUCCCACCAUGCACAUGUGAACAUGACUUUUCAUGAAACUGAAUAACCACUCAAUUUAGCACAGGAUGAAAAUGACAAUACUCAAGUGACUACAUAUUGCCUCAUUUGUUUUACUAAUAGCAGGAACCAGCAUAGCAGGCACAAGCACUGCAAAUAGUUCCUGGAGUAUAUAUAUAUAUCUAUGUGUAAUAUAGUGAGGAAUGUCUUGUUUAUUGAUUGUGUUGCAGCAGUGAACUUGUUAAAACAAAGGCCUUUGGCAGUGUCAUGGUAGAGAAUUUAAAUGAGACAGUUUGGGGUUAAACGACAUUGUAGGGCAGUCACCUACGAAGCACUCUGACAUCUUAACCUCUUUCUCCAACCAUAUUAUCUGGUAUGCCUGGUCAUAACUUAUCUAGAUUCAAUGUUUGCCUUCCACUACACUUAUGACGACCUGUGUAGCCAACAUUAAACUUUUAACUUCUAGCACUUUGAUCUGCUACUUAACCACAAUUAAACUGGUUUACAAAUGGUGUCCCUCUUCACUUAAUUUGAAUGUUUUUACGUGUGUUUGUGAGAACAGUGGACAUGGUAGGAGUCUUCAUAUUAUGCUCAUAUUUAUAAAGAAAAUAUUAAAUUGAAUGGAUUGUGUGUAA